UACGCAAUUGCGUAUUGGUGUUAUCAUCGGCUAAUGGUACAAAAUACUUCGACGUUGUUUGUGCUAAAAUAAUACAUCAACAAUCGAUCAGUGUAAAUUUUAUAAUUACGAAUAUAAAACAAUAAUAAAAAAAAAAAAAAAUGACACCAGGUUUUCGAUCAUUUCGCGCCUUUAAAUAUUAGCGGAACAUUUCUAUUGGUCUUUCAUCAUAUUUGAAAAUCAACAAGUAGUUUAUUAUUUUUCUUUUUAAAUCUUCAUAUAUAAAAACAAAGUGAAUAGAAAAACUGAUGAAUAAAAGUGACGUGUGUGAAGAUAUAAAUAUUCAAAAAAAAAAAAAAGAAAGAGAGAAACAUAUGCAAGUGUUUUGCGAGUGUACGAUAGACAUACAUAGAUAAUAAAAUGAUCGUUGUAUUGUAGUUUAAUAACGUAUAUUUACCUUGGACCAUGUGUGUUUACAUUUUUUCUUUUUUUCACUAACAAUCGAGCAAGUGUUGUUCCUGAUCGAUACGACGAAAGGAUAAAUCAACUGUGAAACACGUUUAAUGAAAACUUAUUUGAUACUUUAAUUGUUAAUUUCACAUGAAUUAAUUAAAAAUAAAUGUUAACAUGAGUAGUAAUUCGUUGUGUUGUAUGGGAUUAACCAUAGCUUCGAGAAUGGUCAGCACUUAUACAUUGGCAUUCUCGGUAUUAUUAAUAAAUGUUUUUGCUAGUCAAUUAUUAAUAAAAAAUACGGAAGCUGAUUUCUUCAAAACACUCGAUUCUUGGACUCCACUUGGCUUGAGUUGGACUUUUAUUUUCAAACAUAUUCAUUUGAAUAAUCCAUGUGAAAUUAUAAUCAUUGGUUGUUCAUCUAUAAUAUUCUACAGCUUUCUGUUUUUUGUAACAAGCGCGUUUCUUGCUUACGGAUCAACCGUGAGAAUAUCUAAGUAUGCAGUACCUUGGUUGUAUAUGCAAAUGAUUAGCAUAAUAGAUCAGUCAGCGUAUCUGGGUUCUCAAUUGUUGUCAAAUGGCUAUGAAAUGUUUAAAAAAUAUACAUUCUUUUCUAUAUUGUGUUGCACAUUUCUAAGAUAAGAUUGAAGAGUAAGAUUCUUCGAAACCACCACUACCACUAGCACCACGAAAACAUCCGUCCCUGGCCACGCGAAUCUACGUGAAGUCUUUGUCGCGAUGAUGGUACAGGGGUGGUGGGAGGGGUGGGGAGGGGAGUAUAUAUGACUAACACGAGCUCAUCACGAUACGUUUCCAACUGGGAAUUGAAUUUCGGUGGUAAUUUUAAUGUUGUUGUUGUUGAAGAGAACGGAGGAAGGGGGUGGUGGUAGGAGGGUUGGUCGCGUUCCGAGACAGAGAGUAACUAAUAGACCCCCUACCCCUCCCUACCCCACCCUGUUAGUGUAUCUCUAUGUUGACUAAUCGUAUCCUAGACAUGAAUUUUCUUUCUACAUUAAUUUUUGUAUCCUUUCAAGAGAAAAUAAUUAACACAAAAUCUCAUUCA